UACCUUAGUACUUAUGACAGCGGCGCAAACUCUAGUUUUCUGUCCUAAGGUACAACGAUUAUGACAUCACAUCUCUAAGUGCAGACAGUAUAUGGGUGGGACUACAGCAAUUGAAAACAAAUCUCCUGCACUCGAUUUGCUCUGGGCGUAUGCGAAAGUUCUACAUACAUAUUCGCUUAUGAGCUCAGCACCAACGCAAGGAAGAACCUUAAUCCCGGCCCGAUUUGGAGUGAUUCUUGUGAUUGCAGUGAGGCAACUUGUGCAUCCUGAGCCAGAUCCACUCUUUUGGAUAUGAGAUCAUGUUGUACUUGUCCCACGACAAGGUGUCAAAACAUACCGAGAAAGAAAAUUACAGAUUCCAAGACCAGUACAGCGAAGAGGCCAAACGUAGUGAGAGCUUUCUUCUUUUAACACAGAUAUGCCGUGUAUCGCCGGGUCAGGGCGGAGUUGCUUAGUUGGGACUUGAUUAGUUUUGGGAUCUCCCUCGUAUAAUAUGUUGGUGUCAUUUUUAAUAAUGUCUUUAGCGCGUAUACCGUGUUCAAGUGGGAUCCUGUUGAGUCACGUACCCUGGUGGACUGGAGAUGACUUGCCAUUCACGCUGAGAAGGUCAAACAUGCUACAUAGCAGAGAGUGGAAUGAGUUAGCAGAUGCAGUGGAGCGGCCAAUCUUGCUUAGAUACCAAUU